AUGGAGGAAGAUUACUUCUCCCUCUCUUCCAUCUUAGCAGAUAACCACAAAUUAUCAUGCACGUUCGUACUAGACGUUCCGGGGUUAGGAUAUCUAGAAGGAGGUUCUGAUCCCAAUAUACAUCAACAUGGGAAAUUAGAAUUACCUUUCUGGCUCGCUCAAACUCUUUCUCUCAACGAAUUCACUACUUUCCCACUUCCCCCAGCAUAUUCAAAUCGAGUUCGAGCAGCUUUGAACGCUUCUGCCCCAUCUGUGAGAUUAUCAAAUCUAGUAGGAGGAAAUGGAUGGUGGUAUAGAUUUGGAAAAAGGAUAGCUGAUGUGUUGGAUGAUAGACCUCAAACGGAAUUAUUAAAUAUGCUUUUGAAAGCAUUCAUAAACCGUUUACCGCCAUUACAAGAUUUAGCAGCUCAUCAUGCUUCCACAGACGCUUCCGUUCCGGAAUCAGGACAUGGGACUGGGGAAGCUUUUAGGGAAGGGAUGGAAGGUGAUGAGAGGGAAUUAUUCGGUAUAGGUCAAGAUAGUGGACGUAUGGUCAAGAUAUGGUACGAUCUCCCAUGGGGUCGUCGACCUUCUAAACUUUCUUAA